AUGAAUUCGAUUACACAUAUAUGUACGAUGAUAAACUCAAAUAAAAUUAAUAUCGAUGACGUUAUUGAUGGAAUCAAGCGAAAACUACUAGAUAGUGAUACACGUAUUAAUCGACAAAUACUUUCCACGAUCUCAACGAAAGGUAACAGCGCUGUUAUAAAACACAUCAAGCAAAGUGGUGACAUCGGUGGAGCACUUCAAAUAUUGAUCGAAAAAGAUGCGCUCGGCCUAAUUACAAUUGAAGCUCGUCAACUUUUUCAACGUUUUGAAUUUCAUAGAACUUUUGUUAGUGAUUCACCAAAAUCUACAUCAAGUUCGACGAUUGAACCACGAUAUACAUCUCCAUAUCGUCCAAGCGAUAUUACGGAUCAUGGAACAGCAUCUGGCAUAGGGCUUAGUCCAACUGAAGUAGCUAGGUCGUGGUUACAUAAGAAAUUCCGGAACACAACGAAAUUUCCUUUUCCACGUGAAAAAUUGCUCAUUAAAGAUCAUAAUCAAUCUUCUAUCAAAUGUCCUGCAGCGGAUAGGACAUCAUGUAAUAUAACCUUUCCUGAUUCAUUGGAUGUAGCAAAUGUAGCCACGUUAUUGGGGCAUACAUACCAAUUCCAUAAGCCGGUGUAUGAAUACAUCACAGAAAGCUAUGAAGCGUGGUGUGAAGAGAAACACGAUACACCAUCAUCAACUUCUGAAGUGUUGUUAACAAGUACAGUUGGCAAGGAUUUAUUUGAAAAAGGUUCCAAAAAAAUACAGUCAUCGCUAUUAUUAUUACCGGCAACGACAUCAAACGAUAUGAAAUUUGCAUCAUCGGUAUGUUGA